UAAUAUCAGCAAUGAUCUAAAAUAUUAUGAUUUAGUAAUGUCAAUUGUAUGAGUUGGCUACAAUGAAUUAUUAUUGGGGACUUUGUCGGUCUAAAAUCUGUCGGAACCUAUCCUUUUCAGUUCAUAACGUUGUUACGCGAACACGUGGUUAAGUGUGUAAUUAUUGAAUUUAAAGUGAAAUAAAUACGCAAUCACAAUGCCCCUUGCUAAAGAUUUUCUUCAUCCAAGUCCAGCUGAAGAAAAAAGGAAACAUAAAUUGAAGAGGCUUGUGCAGAAACCAAAUAGCUAUUUUAUGGAUGUCAAAUGCCCUGGAUGUUAUGCCAUCAAAACCAUCUUCUCACAUGCACAAAUAUCAGUGGAAUGUGAUGGUUGUCGCACGAUACUCUGCACACCCACAGGUGGUAAAGCACGAUUAACUGAAGGUUGCUCUUUCAGAAGGAAGGUUCAAUGCUAAUAUCACAAUGAUUAAGACAAUAUAAUGUACACAUUUCUCUUUAUAUUCAAGAAAUAAACAUAAUUACUAUAUAAA